AUGUCGCUGCCGUUACGACGCCCGCUCGAAAGUGUCACGUCUCUAGAUAGGGUCCUCGAAGACCUUAUCGUCCGGUUCAUCAUAAAUUGCCCGCCCGAGGACUUCUCGUCGGUGGAGCGCGAGCUUUUCCACGUCGAAGAGGCCACCUGGUUCUACACGGACUUUGUCAAGCUAAUGAACCCCAAGAUGCCCAACAUGAAGAUUAAGUCGUUCGCGCAACACGUCAUAAAGCUGUGCCCUAUGGUAUGGAAGUGGGACGUGCGUGCGGAGCAGGCGCUCCAGAAGUUCUCACAGUACAAGCGUAGCAUCCCAGUGCGCGGCGCUGCAAUUUUCAACCGGUCCCUUACGAAGCUGCUGCUGGUAAAGGGUAUCGAGUCCGAAUCGUGGUCCUUCCCGCGCGGCAAAAUCUCCAAAGACGAGGGUGACGUCGACUGCUGCAUCCGCGAGGUGCUUGAGGAGAUCGGUUUUGAUAUAUCCGACUACAUCGACGAGGACCAGUUCAUUGAGCGCACCAUAGCAGGGAAAAACUACAAAAUAUUCCUGGUUAGUGGCGUGCCGGAGGACUUCGACUUCCAGCCCCAGGUCCGCAAUGAGAUCGAGAAGAUCCAAUGGCACGAUUUCAAAAAGCUCUCUCGCAACAACGGCAACAAGCAGCACGUCAAGAUUUACUUAGUCAACACCCUGAUGCGACCUUUAGCCAUGUGGGUGAAAAGCCACCGCCAGAUCGACAACGACGACAAGCUCAAGGCUCAUGUCGAGACUCAGCUCAAGCUUCUUCUGGGCAUCAAGAAGGAGGAGACCCCGGACCCCGGCAGGGAACUACUCAAUAUGCUUCAGAGUUCGGUUGCUGCUCCACAAGAAGCGCUUGCCGCAGCUCCGCAAUCUCCUUCGGAGCUUCCUCCGUCUUCAAAAUCUUCUCAAGACUCUACCCCUGCCACCAACGCCGCGCCUCCUAUGAAGUCUCCGCCUCCUCAGCUACACCACAAUUUCCCCUUCAUGUUGUUUCAGCCUUUCGCACCAUUUCCGUUUAUGGCUGGCGCAGGCAUGCAAACAGGUGGUCCAGUGCCUGGCCUCGACACCUCAAGCUCCAACUCCGUUCAAACGCAACCUCCACCAACUCCUAGUAUGAACACCUUAGCUAAGCCUACGGUUGCCGAGGAAGAAGAAGAAGAAGAAGAACAACAGCAACAACAACGUGAUUCUCAGCAGUUUCAGCUGUUAGAACCUCCACGCCCCCAGUCCACAACUUCUAAACAGCUGUUGGACCUGCUCAACAGAAAGUCUUCUGAAAAAGCAGAGCCAACAGAACAACAGACCACCAAACCCAAAUUUAAAAUACUGAAACGUGGCGAGUCUCUAACGCCUACUCCUUCAGCUCCACAGAAUGAUAAUGAAGCUGAUUCAAAAGCUCUCCUUAACCUCCUAAAAAAGCCCCAAGAACCUUCUAUUACGAGGGAGACUGAAGACGCCCAACCUACGACCAUGAUAGAAAAGCCCAUUGCCACCCCUCUGGAAGAUUUGCCACACGAGGAAGAAGCAUCGCUACACUUCGCCAAUACCCAUUCCGCUGCCGCGGCUAGUGAGUCCGAAUACGAGGAUUUUGAAAGCAGUUCUGAGGAAGAGGACAUUGGGAAUGACGAGGAAGAAGCCAAGGCAUCUAGUUUAAAGGGUGAAGGGAACUUCGGUCAGAAAUUCGAGCAUACUAGUACUAAUCCUAACGUGGGGUAUGGCCAUGACCAAACUAGGAUUUCGGGGCCAAUGCAGGGUUUGAAGGAGCAGAGCUCUGGUGCAGCCGAUGUCCCACACAAAGAUUCUUCCAACUUGAGUGAGCAGUCCACAGGUGGCACGUUCAUUACUCAAAGCUCAAAAUCUCAAACCAAACCUAAGAUUAAGCUUUUAAAACGCGGCGAAAGCUUGAAAGACAUGAUUUUUACGAACGGAAAUAAAACCCUCGAAACUUCGGAGGCUUCUCACGUUGUCAAAACGACCUCACAUGAAGGCGAAAGCAACGAGCUGCUCAAGCUAUUAAAGAAGGAUGCUAUUUCCUCAACAGCUGAUUUUACUAACGCUGAAGCUGCUAUACACAGAGAUAGUACUUCGGCAAGAAGAGGGACAGAGGGAUCGUCGCCCCUAAGUACUACGGUUAACCAGCAUGUUACUCCCGGUCAACAACCGAUAUCAAGUGCACUAACAGGCUCCGACGAUGCCAAGGAUCUACUAAAUAUCCUACACAGAAAAAACCAGGCUUCACAAAGUUAUCAGUUACAGUCUACCCCAGAAAUUCAGCAGGCGCUUUGCACAGUUGACACUAGUCGUGGUAACAGCUCGAUGGCGGCCGGCGACUUCCUUAAUAUGCUCCCCAACGGAUCCUCUGUGAGCAGCCCAACGGCUGCUGGAAAUUUUCUCCCCGGAAUGGAAGCGCAGUUCAGAAACCCAUACUAUAAUCAGUAUCCAACAUCUUCAGGGGUGCCAAUUCCGCCUCAAUUCCCAGUCCAACCACCUUACGCGCAGUCCCCCCCACAAAACCAAAACAGUUCCCAGCAACUGCUGGGAAUGUUGAAAAACCCACACGCCGGAAUUGCUGCGAGCCCAGCGGUUAAUAGCGCGAGUACCAGCGACACGCCAUUUGUAUCGGAGAAGGGUGCAUCACACGAACUCUUGAGCUUACUUCAAAGAAGAUAG